AUGUCGACGGAGAAAAAUCAACUACCUCCGGAGGGUACCCGAUGGCCGGGAGAAUCCCUCCCUGUGACCAGUGAUGGCGCAAGCGCGUCAACACUGGUCACAGGCUGCCCACGCUCGGAGGAGGGCAGAAGUCGAUAUCAGGAGAAGCUGGCUCCGAAAAAUAACAGCCGAGAUGAAGUUGUAGGAGAGGACGAGUCCAGUUGCGCAUCAUCACCCAUUAUCGCAACAGGACAGAAACGUCCGUUGAAGUGUGUGGAUCUCGAGGGAGACCCGAAGAAGUCGCCGGAAGCGAAAAUCGCGACACUAGUGAGUGGGAGAAGAAAGGGGCUGUGUAAUCCGCGCCGAUUGAAUCCGGAAAUAGAGGAACAAUCGGACAGCUCCGAAGAAAGUGUCAUUCGGCUAAGGUCCAAAGAGGGGGACGAGACAGAGACAGAAGGAAAGCGGGAGGAAAAUAUAGCAAGGAAGGACACACCGGAAAAGACAACUGAAAGGGAGGAAGAAUUAGUGGUCGUGGACUCUGGCUCAGUGGUAGGGGAUACCAUGGAGGAUACCUCGGACAUGGAGCUUGAGGACGAAGGUGAAAGAGAAGGAAGGACUAUUGUGGAAGGGACUGAUCUAGACAAGAUAGCUUUGGAGGAAGAUAGGAAGAGAGGGGAACGAUUCCUAGAAAAAUGGGAGAAGGAUAAAGAUAAUACCCUGAACAUCAUUGACGAGGACAUACAGGAUGUAGUCGCCCGCGUCAUGAUACUCAAGGGUAUUACAGCAAGGGAGAAGAAUGAAAUAGCGGAUACGAUGAGGGAGAUAGAGGAGGAGGCGAGGACGUUGAGUGAGAUCACCAACACCAAAACCUUUGCUGACCUCGUUAAGGAGAACAUCAAUCUCAAGGAGGAAAAUCGGGUGCUAAGAAAGGAAAUGAAGGACCUGAAAGACGAGAAGGAACUGAGAGACAGGAGGAUUAGAAGGAUGCGGAGGGAGAUGAACGACCUGCACACGGAAAUGGAGAAGUUGAGAGGCCUUGUCAACUCUCUCCAAGACCGGAUCGUUGAGUCUCCCGCCCCGGCGAGUCCUGGAAGUGAGAUCUUUCUGAGAUCCGUGAUGGAGUCCGUUGGUACCAUGGUCUCUGCCCGGAUCGAGGGCUUGGAGGAAAGGCUGCUUCCCCCAGUCAACCACCGACCACCCCUCGCGACAGAUAAGAGGGCCGCCCCGGUCGCGAGGAGACGAACGACAACGGACGAAAUAGAGAGGGAGAGAUCUUCGCUUGAUCAGAGAUCAUGGUCGCAAGUAGUCAGUGGAGGGCGAAAUAGCAUGGCUACAGCGACCCCUGCGACCGUGACCGCGAGCAAGACAAAGAAAAAGGAGGAAAAGAAGGAGAAGGAAAAGAAGGAUAAGAAGAAGAAGGACCCCCCUGUGCAAAACAACAACACAGGGAAGAAAAAGAGGGAUAGAAAAAAGAGGAAAAGGAACAGAAAGAUACGAGUGCCGCGAACAGCAGCGGUGUGUCUACAGAUCUCCCCAGAGGCCACUGAAAGGGGGAUCACGUACAAAGACGUGCUGGAUAAGGCGAGACGCUGCAUCCAUCUUAAAGAGGACGUCGGCAUCGAGGAAAUGAGCAGAAGAGUUGCAGCAACUGGCGCCCGGAUCUUUGAAAUCCCUGGAUCAGAGGGUGCUGCCAAAGCCGACAAGCUGGCUGGACUGCUGAGGGGGAUCAUGGGAGAGGACAUCCUAGUUUCGAGACCCGUCAAAUGCGUAGACAUGCGCGCGACGGGCCUCGAUGAUGCCAUAGAUGCUGAAGACCUGCGGGCGGCUGCCGCGGAGAAAGGGGGUUGCUCUCCGGACAGCAUUAAGAUCGGCCCUAUUAAAACCGGCUAUGGAGGAGCUGGAGUAGCUCACCUUAGAGUGCCGGCGAUGGCGGCUAGGAAAUUAGUGACGGAGAAUGGCAAGCUGGUUGUGGGAUGGGGAUGGGUUAAGAUCCGUGUCCUCCCGCCCCUCCCAUUGCGCUGCUUUAAGUGCAUGGGAGUUGGCCACGUGAGGGCACAGUGUUCAGAGGAGGCGGACCGCACAGGAAUUUGUUUCCGGUGCGGGGUGGCUGGCCAUAAGGCCGCCAGUUGUGAGAAAGAGCAGCGUUGCGCCGUUUGCGCAGCGGCUGGACUCUCAGCCGGACACAGGAUGGGCAGCAAGAGCUGUCAUCCCCCAACCAGGAGAGGUAAGCCGGUCCCCAGUUCCCGGGUACCGCGUGCGGGACCGGGCAGCGUGCUGUCGGGCGAAAUGGAUACGCAAUAGCGGGUCCACUAGUUCGGGGGUGCGUAGUCCGGAGCGGCACCACUACUCGCCUUCUCUCUACAUGGGUUCUCCUUCUGAGAACUCAGGUGAGAGAGGGGGAUGUGGUGCGAGUGGUACCGGGAAGCACCCCUCCUCACAGGAGGAGGGGGGGGACGUCCCCAUCUCGCGCCGCGGCGGCGGCGUCGUCGGGGCCGGGGUUCUGUCCACCUAGUGGGCGGAGUACCGGGCCUGGGCGGCGCCGCCGCCGCGGCGCCGCGCCCUUGGCGCCGACCGGUCGUCCGUCGGGUAUUCGUCCUAGGACGUAUUCGACGGCCGGGCCGGCGGCGGCGGGGGCGCGGCAGGCCGCGGCGGGCACCAGUGUCCGUCGUGGCCGGCGAUGGAGGGAUGGAGUCGGCUGCGGCUCGGCGGGGCGCUCACCUCUUUGGCGUUUUAUGAGUCGACGAGGGGAGGGGCCACGUCGACCAGCGGUCGACACCAUGGCAGCGGGAAUACUCUGAUCUGUCGUCAUGGGCGCCAGGGGACGUUGGCGCCGGGGCUGCCCGAGGAGUAUAGCUCGAGGGGGAGGCCGAGGCGACCUAUCAGAGUGUUCGUCAGACGAUAAAGGAAGGUGAGAUAGCCCAAUUGCGCAUCUCUUCUUCCUAACGGGGGGAGCGGGGGGGAUGAUUACCCCCUCGUUCGUUGCACACCCCAGUUGUCUGGGGAGGGUUCCUCGAAAUUACCCAGGAAACCUCCUGGCCGCAAAGAGGGAGGACCGUUCAGUCGGUCCCCCAUGGUCUGGGUAACCUGAGCUUCUCCUUGCCGGAUACCAGGUCCCAGAUUCUGUGAGGGUAAUACGGGGGGUUUUGCACGGUAGGCCUGCUGUAGUUAGGGGUUCUUUAACCUCCGCAGCAGGAGAGCCCGGGUUCAGUCGGCCUCUAAUCAAGGUCGAUGGCAUGUUAAGGUCAGUUCCCCUCGGUACAAAAAAAAAAAAAAAAAAAAAAAAAAAAAAAAAAAGGUACCUAUAUACAUAGAGGUUUUCUUUCACUCGCAUACAUUGGCAUUAGCGUAGCAAUAACAUGA